GGCGCUCCGGGCUGCCGGCUGCGGCGAUGCCCGUCCUGAGCCGGGCGCGGGGGGGGCGGGCAGGCUUCACUCUCCGGCGGCAGCGAGGCGGCGCCCGCCCCGGCCUCUAGGCUGCGGCUCGGGGGCUCCCGACACCCCCGCUCCCGGCGUCCGGCCCCUCCGCGCCCGCCCCGCCGCCGUCGCGGGAGAAUGCGCCCCGGGGCGGCCCCGCAGUGCCCCGCCGCCGCGCGCCGCUCGCCCCGCUGAGCCGCCCCGCACCGCCCAGCCCGUCCCGUCCCGCAGCGCCGGCAGCGCGGGCUGCCAUGGGCCCCGGAGCGCGGGGCAGGAGGCGGCGCCCAGGACACUUGGCUUGUAUUUGCGACCGCUGCUGACGCCCCGGCCCCGCUCGCGCCGCGGCUCUCGUUGGCGGCGGCGGCGGCAACUUGCCCUGGAGCCUCGCUAGUCCCCGCGGGCGAUGGAAGUGCUGUGGGCUCCCCUGGACAGGCUGCCGCACACGAGGACUCGUGGGCAUCACUGGGAACAAAGAGGUCACUGCACACCGGCUGCUCCAUGGGGCUGUACACUCUACAGGGAGCAGGAUGAAUUCCACCCAUUCAUCGAGGCGCUGCUCCCCCAUGUCCGGGCCUUCGCCUACACGUGGUUCAACCUGCAGGCCCGCAAGCGCAAGUACUUCAAGAAGCACGAGAAGAGGAUGACAAAGGAUGAGGAGAGGGCAGUGAAGGACGAGCUGCUCAAUGAGAAGCCCGAGGUCAAGCAGAAGUGGGCAUCCCGGCUGCUGGCCAAGCUGCGCAAAGACAUCCGGCCCGAGUGUCGCGAGGACUUUGUGCUCUCCAUCACGGGCAAGAAGCCCUCCUGCUGCGUCCUCUCCAACCCUGAUCAGAAGGGCAAGAUGCGCCGCAUCGACUGCCUGCGCCAGGCAGACAAGGUGUGGCGUCUGGAUCUGGUCAUGGUCAUCCUUUUCAAAGGGAUCCCUCUGGAGAGCACGGAUGGGGAGCGCCUGGUCAAGUCCACACAGUGCACCAACCCCAUCCUGUGCGUCCAGCCCCACCACAUCAGCGUCUCUGUCAAGGAGCUCGACCUCUACCUGGCGUACUUUGUCCGCGAGAGAGAUUCAGAGCAAAGCAGCAGCCCGAGGACAGGGAUCGGCUCAGAUCAGGAGGACAGUAAACCGAUCACAUUGGAUUCGACAGACUUCCAGGAAAGCUUCGUCACUUCGGGAGUGUUCAGCGUUACGGAGCUCAUCCAAGUCUCCCGAACACCGGUGGUGACGGGUACAGGGCCAAACUUCUCUCUGGGAGAGUUGCAAGGUCAUCUGGCCUAUGACCUGAACCCCUCGAGCACCGGGAUGAGGAGGACGCUCCCAAGCACCUCCUCCAGCGGGAGUAAACGGCACAAAUCUGGCUCCAUGGAGGACGACAUAGACACGAGCCCGGGGGGAGAGUACUACACCUCACCCAACUCACCCACGAGUAGCAGCCGCAACUGGACAGAAGACAUGGAAGGGGGCAUCUCCCCCACCGUAAAAAAGACAGAGAUUGACAAGUCACCUUUCAACAGCCCGUCGCCCCAGGACUCCUCCCCGAGGCUGAGCAGUUUCACGCAGCACCACCGUCCAGUCAUCGCCGUGCACAGUGGUAUCGCUCGAAGCCCACACCCUUCAUCUACUCUGCAUUUCCCCACCACCUCGAUUCUCCCCCAGACAGCCUCCACCUACUUCCCCCACACCGCCAUACGGUACCCGCCUCAUCUCAACCCGCAGGACCCUCUGAAAGAUCUCGUCUCCUUGGCCUGCGACCCGUCCAAUCAGCAGCCUGGACCGUUAAAUGGAAGUGGUCAAGUGAAAGUGCCCAGCCACUACAUUUCCACCCAGAUGCUGGCGCCGCCACCUCCCCCUGGCAUGCCCCGGUUGGCAAUCUCUCCUGACACCAAAUCCACCACGACAACUUCCGAGGGCGGGACGACCUCACCGACAUCACCCAUCCUGGUACCUAGGAUAACUGCAGCUGCCCCCCCCUUCGCCUCCCUCCUCCUCUGCUUUAGGCAUCCCGAGAGGACAACGUACCACAGGACCAGGCCCAGCCUUUCGGUGACGACGGAGAGAGCGAAUUCACAAUGAUGACGACGACAAACACACAACAUGUGACAAGAAAGGAAGGAAGGAAGGAAGAAGGAAGGGAAAGAAAGAGAGAGAGAAAAAAAAAGGUUGAAACCUUUUUAGAAACUAAAAACCAACAAAAAAACCCUUAAAACCAAGCGAGCCCCGCGCGCACACACGGCCGCCCCAGGCAGACUCGCCACAAACACUAUUUGUCCCAUCGGCCAACCUGGCAAGAGAAGCAACGCAGCUCGUCCCACUGGCUGCCUCCUCAGCCACGGCGCUGGAGUCUUGCUGCCACUCUCCAAAGGGUUGUAUAUGCAAAAUUGUCUUUCUCAUUUCCUGUUUCAUUUUUGCCUCUUGUGAAUGAAAAAGAACAAACCCCGCCGGGCACCCUUGCCCGCCCCGCAGCAAACUUUCUACUUCCCAGGAGGCUCUAGGAUCGAGACAGCGGGUUCAGAGCACAGCGGCCAGUUGCUUCUGAGCCCAUGGGCACCGGGUGGGUCGGGAGAUCUCUCGUUAGUGCUGUCGCUUCCCGCUCCACCCCAGACACGCUGCAAACAAGAUGCCUCCAGCCUCCCGCUGCCCCAGUGUUCGGACGACGUGUACACCUUUCCUUUGUUUUAUCUGAAAUCCUCUAUGCCAUUAAAUGCUCUUUGGGGCAGGAGUGAGCGGCAUCCCCGCGGGACUCCUUGGAGCAGCAGUAUUGCAGGGAUGCAGGGACACGGCCCCUCUCAUCCUCCCACUUCUCCAGUUGCCUUUGUCCGUGACCAUCUACGGAAGGGGAAGGGGAUUCCAUGACUCCUGCCUCAGGUCUCCACCCUCAGUGCGUGCGUGGGGAGCAGGACCUGGGUUCAGCAGCACCCCAGCCCCAUGCUCCCGGUCAAGGGCAGGCUGGCCAUGGAGCAGGGCACUGGGCUUCGGUGAGUGGCAUUUCCACAGCUGGGAGAUACUGUGCGAUGGGCAUUGCAGGGAGGAGACGGAGGGGAGGGGCACAAGACUUGUGAUGGGCACAAGUGGGUGCAGCAGGAGGGUAGGGCAGCCCACAAAGAGCAAAGCAUACUGCUGUGUGGAUUGGCAUGGCCACACACUGCAAAUUAUCACUGGGUCUCAAAUCCCAGAGGUUAAAUUUCUUAAUUACAGAUUAACGACUGCAUUAUGGAAACUCCUGGAAUCCAAAAUUUCAGACCCUUCCUCCAUGGACAAUCAAGUCCACUGGCACCUCCCCCACUCUCACCCCGCUCCGGACCUGGGACAGCCACAGUGUCCAGGGGAAGUGGGUCUGUCUCUGCAAUGCCUUCAACACAGCAGAAGGAAUGAGGCCAGGGUUGGGUUUCAGCACCGUGCAGCAUGACGGCUCUGCCGCCCUGCCCCAAGUCUUGCCAGGACCAGCACCUGGCCAGGGAUGAUCAUGGCGCGUGGUUUCCGUGAUGUAGCCUGGUGAGCUUUCCAUACUGUAGCUUUCCCUUUGCAGCUCCUGGCAAACGCAGGACAUGUCUCCUGCUACCACAGUUCCUUCUGUGCAUUUCCUUUGUGCUGGGGCAGGGAGGUGAGGUGGGGACAGACUCUGGGUUGGUAAGUUGUAAGAGCAGCUCGUGAUGGGCCAGGACCUGCUGUCAUGCUGGAAAUGAGACUGACUUAGGCCAAGGCCAGUCCCUAAAUGGCAGGUCUGGGCAGGGCAAGACAGGCCAGCCAGAGUGGGAGGGCUGGCAUGGAACCUGGGCACACCUGUGUGUGCAAAGCUCUGCGCGCCAGUGAGCAGGGACUGUGUGGGCUGGGGGCAAGACGGCUGUGAUUGUGUUGCACAUUUUGUAGGAAAUGCACUUUGAAGAGGGAAUGAUAGCAAAGCCCAUUCGUGGCACCUGGUUCCCGGCACCGGCUUGCUGGGACAGUUUAUAGAGACAGAUUCUUUCUCCCUGAAAGGCCGCACCGCAAGCAGACAGCCCCCCAUGUGGUGGCUACGUCGGCCUUUGACUCGGACUCGGGUUAGCUAGGGGUCCUGUGCCCUUACCUGCAGGGACCAGAAGACCCCCCCAUCCAGCUCGCAGGCUCCCCUUCCCCACUGUGAGCCCCUCCCUGCUCAGCCCUGCUGUGAGGUGAUGCCAUCACAUUCCCAGCAAACGCAGCUGGGAGGCAGAAAGCCGUCACUGACUGGUUAAAGUGCCUGAAUUUUGUAUCCCAGUCCUCCUGGUUUGGAAAGCUCACACCCCAUGGAGAGUAGUGCGGUGGGAAGGGCCAGGCCACCGGGAGCUGUGGCAUCUCCACUGGCCUGCAAGGGCCUUGCAUCUAUCCUUCUCCCCAUAGCAUUAAUGAGGUCCCUGCACAUGAGGCAGGAAGCCAGACUGAAUCACCCUUUGCCUGGCCUAGGCCAGAGAGCACCAGGUGCAGAUAUACCUGGGGAAAUCAGUUGAAUUCAACUCCGUGAGCUGGAGAGCCAGGAUGUGCACCAAGCAGGAGAGACCAGCUCAGCACAAGUCCGGUGGGGCCUCACUCCCCCAGACUGUCACGGAUCAUGAAUCACAAGCAGUACAUCAGACAGACCUUCCUGGUUGAUCUUGGGGACAGAACAGCACUAUCCGGCUGGCUGCGGAGGCCCAGCUUCCCCGUGUCACACAUGCUGCACCAACAGAGACCAGGGCACCUGACCCCACCAUUUGUUGAUUCAUUUUGCCAGGAGGGACUGGGAAACUCCUGCUUCCUGCCCUCCCUGAGCAGAGCUGGCCUGGAUGGAGCAAGCUGUGGGAGGCAGAGGCACCUGCAUGCUGUUGGCUCCGUGGUUUGCUCAUUGCAAGACAGAGACAUGAGACUUCACCUGCCUGGCAGGGCAAACCUCUCCAUUGUUCUCUCUUCCUGCCUGUUUCCUGCCUCCUAGGCUGGCACAUGGAUCCCUUGCUGUGCCAGGGCCCUAGGAGAUGUCCUAAGACGCCAAGCAGCUGGAACAAAGCAGAUGAACCCACUUCUUCGCAGACACUGCCCAGCUCAUGAUCCUGGACAGCUGGCAACUCCUGGGCUGAGCACAGCUUUUGCUUACUCGCUGGGCCUGGGUUUUGGCUUCGAUCAUUGCUGGCAGGGAUGGACUCAAGGCCCCUGCCAGGAUGUGUGGGGCAGCUGGGAAGGGCCCAUCUUUGUGGACAUGCCAGCAAACAGAGUUGCAGCAGAAGUGACCCACCGAGCCAAACUCUGCUCUCAGUCACACAGGCUUGGAUCCGGAGUUACUCUGCACAGUAACAUGGUGCAGCCUGGCCCUUCAGAUCUCCUUGGAGGAACAAGGUCUGCACAGGCCUAUGGCCAGGGUCUUCAGUAACCAAGGACACAAAAUCCCCUUCCCCCUGCUAUGCCUGAAGCCCAGUUCCUGCCCAGGCACUGUCUCAUCAUAGAGGAGAGCAACGCUGGACACUGACCAAGCCGUCCGUGGGCUGUGACGGGGCCUGAGGGAGCAGAUCCGCUCUCCUCCCUCCCUGGCCCACACACUGGUUAGUGCCUUAGACCCCAGGAGGAUGCUUGUGGGCUGCCCCCAACCACCCCACCACCACAGGGCCAGGGGCUGCUCCCUAGGGCUCUCCUCUGCUUUACAGAGGCUGCAGGAGAAACGGGGCUGCUUUCCCCCUUCUUCCUUCCCCUAGUGACCCUGAGGGAGAAGAAGGGAGAUUCAGCAGCCGGACUAAGGCACCAGCUCUGCAGCAAUCCAGCAAAUCCCACUACCCACACCCAACCUACAGAGCCCCAGCACCAGGCCAGCCCCCAGGCACCGCAGGGCUGGGGAAUCCCAGACUUAAUCAUGUCAGUCCCUGGCCCUGGGAAUAUCGAGGCCCUUUGGGAGGUGGGGAAAAGGUUCAUCCACUCACUUACCUGCCCAUCUAGCCUUGGUGAAUCCCUGAGACCCCCAUGAGCACUAGUGUCACAGCCUGUCCCCAGUUCACCCCCUGUGCCCCACUCCUGAAAGAUAUCCCCAGGGCAGGGCCUCUUCUGCAGCUGGGCCCAUCACCCACCCGCCCUACCUUCUGCCAGGCAGAGCCAGAGCCUCUGCCCUGCUCCAGGGUGCUGGAUUCUGCUCUUCUCCUCCCUGGACAGAGGAGCAGGGAACAUGGGGACACCACCACCAGCCAGGCCACAUUGACUUCAGCAGCAGUGAGGCAGGAGAAGGAAAGAGGUGACAAGAAACCUGAAGGGGACAGCAGAGGAGAGAGGGCUGUGCAGGCUGAUGGCAACGGAGCAGAUGGGCAAGGGGAAAAAUUCAGCCACCGCUGCCAGCCUGUGUCCAUUCCAGACAGCCAACUCCAGCCAACUCCGGUCCAGGCACCUCCCACCACCUGUCUGCAGAGGUCCCAGCAUCCACUUCAGGCAGUGCCAGGCAGGUUCCCCCUGUGCCCACGAGUCAUCCCAGGUGGGCAAAGAGCUCCAGUGCCAGUCCUUCCACCAGCCAACUCGUGGCUGCACCUUGAGUCCAGUCCAGGCGUGCACAGACAGAUCCAGGCCCAGCUUUGACACCUGAUCAGUAACUGGGCAGGACUGGAGGCUGCAGCAGGUGCUGACCUCCAAGAGUCACUCAUGAACCCCCCGCCACCUCCAUGCCCAUCAGAGCCGGGCUCCCGCUCAGCCAGUGCACAUCCAUGCAUCGUGUCCUCAAUAGCAUCUGGGUGCUAAUCCCAAAGGUGACACAGCGAGGUCAGAGGAGCUCCCCUUUGGAGGAGUCCCUGAAGCCCAACACAGGGAUCCAGCUGCUCCUCUUAUGCAGGUACCCAUGGCUUUGUAAGCAGCUUUAAACCAAAGGCUGAGUCGCAUAGGAAGGACGUAGGGCAGCUCCUUCCCGUCCAGCUUCCACUCUGCUCCCUGCUUCCCCGGAGCUUCCAGCAAGUCAUUCUGCCAAAGCGCCCAGCCCCCGGUACGAUUCCUGCAGCUCCCAGCACCUGCAUCCCAGCCGGACACCGACCACAGCCAGCGCCAACCCUGGGGAGGGGGCCCUGCUGGAUCCCAGCCCAGUUUUGCAGCGGAGAGUUGAGCAAAGGGCUGUCACGUAGGCCCCACUCUAUGCCAGGCACCUGGGGUCAAGCCAUCUGAUCCCGAGCAGCUAUAUGCAUGGUCCAUCAGCACUGCAGAGCCCUGAGAACCGGGGCCAGCUUAACAGGGGAGGGCAGGGGGGAAAGGGGCCCCAGUGCAGAGACCCCCAGUGGAAAGGGCUGAUGCAGGAAGUCAAAGAAAAGGGCAAUUGAUGGAGAGGGGGGAAAAAAGAAAAAAUAACAAAAAAAAAAAUUACAAAUAAACUGCAUGGUGCUUUAACAGGAACUCAUGUGACCUAGCUCAACCAAUCAGCGAAUGGCUGAUAAUGUGCAUGGCAGACUGUAUAACUGGCUCUACCUUCCCCCCUUCGAAAAUGAUGUAUAAAAAGAAAAAAAAAAGUGAAAAAAAUCCAUGUUUUCCUAAUUUGCACGAAAUUUUAUACCACAUGAUGUGCCUUGCCUUCGAAGACUAAGUAUUAACUCUACUGAUAUCACUGCACAGGAAUAACUGCAUGCACUGGGUCUCGUAGUAACUAAAGGGGGGAUGGGACAUGUUGCCAUUUGUAAAAACGUUCACAGUUCAAUUUGGGGCUGUUGGUUUGUUAACCUUUUUUGUUAAACUGUGUGUUCAGACACCAUUGGGAAGAUUCCUUGUGGCUCGGAAAUAUUGUGAUAUCAUCGCAAUGUGCCAGACUCUCGUCUCAGCAACACCGGCGUGAAUCCAGGGCAUCUCUUUUUCGUCGUGCUUUUAUCUACUUCAUGCCCUUUCUGGCCCUAUUUGUGGCCACUGGAGUUACUCCGGCCUUAUGCCAUGAUAACCCCAUGUGUGUGGAUGGAGUUACUCCAGUGUCACCCCAGCGUACCUGAGACGACCGAUCUGCCUGCCCUGACUGUCAUGUUAUUUUCUAACCAGGCACCUCCAUAUUGGCGGAAAGGAUAAAGAAUAAAUGACUAAGGAACUUUAUUGGGUUUCCAUCAACGUGGCAGCGUUUGACACUGAUGGACUCCCAGGUGCAGUGUCGGGGGCUGAUGGCAGCUGGUCAGGAACGAGCGCCUUGUCCCUCCCAAUUCGCUCCAGCUUGCCAGUGCCAUCAGCCAAGGGGAUCUCUCCAUAUCGCCCCCAGCCUUGCCCUCCCUUGCCCAAACGAGGAAAUAGCUGUCCAUAGUAGCCAUGUGCAUGUUCCCUUUCUCCUUGUGUUGGGCAGACUUGCCAGACCACCCCUUUUCUCUCUGUUUUUUAACGGCUUCCCCUCGUAUACGUCUUCCAGCUGUUAAUACAAAGUGCAUCCUGUAUGGAAAAAUAUGCAAUACCUGUUUUGUCUACAUUGAUAGAUCUUUUAGCUAAGGUUCUCAGUGACUGAUUACAAACCUGCAGGGUGCGGGGACAGGGGGGGCGGGAAUUUUCUUCUGGUGGGGUUUUUGUGCGGGGAUGGGAGGGGAGGUGGGAUUUUGCAUUGUGUUCCUUUUCUUUUUUUUUCCUUUUGAUUGACCAAAGUGAGCAAGCACGGCCAUACGCAGGUGGCCAACACCCUUCCUCCCAGGCAGGUUGGGGAGGAAGGGGAGGUGGUUUCUGCUGUGGCGGUGAUGGAAUUUGUCGUUGUUAUUAGCGCGCUGUUUCUUUAAAAAGGGCAGAUGGUUCCGAAGGGGGUGGGGCUAGAACCCUGGAGAUCAGCUGUGAAGCACCUGGCCACUCCCACACCUGGUCCCAGGAUCCAGUGGGGGAAUCAUUUGGAUCUUCCUGGCGAUCUUAAUUUCCAAUCCAAUCAAUUCAUUUUGUUGAGAAAAACAACAAAACCCUAUUGAGGUGCCCAGCGCACCUGUUUGCUAAGCUGAGCGGCAGCUAGAGAUGCAGCCUCGCCAGCCCCAAAAGUCAGCACGGGCAGCAAAGGAUGCAAUUCGGUCCCUGGACCCGUUUCCUAAGAAGGGCACGGCCAGAUGCUCGGGGCCCAGGGUCUGCACUUCCCAGUCUGACGGCAGGGCAGGACGUUUUGCAAAGGACGGGCUGUGGGGGGCUGGGCUGCGGGGCACCCGGUGGGUUUGCGUUGGGCUUGGGAGGAGAAAAGAGCAGAGCAAGGGGCAGGCAAUGUGAAUGGAAAAUGUCUUAGUGCUGAGUGUGUCGCCUCCUUCCCUGCAGAAGAACCCCGCAGACGUUCCCAUGCAGACUCUGGGGGCUGGGCCUGGGCUGGCCAGGCUGCCUGGUCUUCUGCAGAAGCAUCUCCCACCUCCCCACAUCAUCCCACAGGGCCUUCGGGCUGGGGCAGAGCUGUCUGAGGGUGGCAAAGCCAGGAGGAGGGAGUUCUGCUGCAGCAAGAAGCAAUCGGUGGGCUGUGGCACUGCCACCUUCCCCUCAGUCAGCUGAGGCCCUGGUCAGCGAUGCCACUAGCCCAGGUGGGGCAGGGUGCAUUCCCUCGAAGCAGUUACCAUAUGCAAUCCACAUUUGCAUAUGCAGGGCUGAGGCAGGUUUGGGGCCAGGGUAGCAAGGGGAGCAUUGAGGGGGCUGUAUGAGCUGUGUGCCCCGAGCCCAGGCUCCCCAGGCCCUGGCACUCGGGGCCUGCCCAGGUGCUCUGUGGGAGCCUUUGUCUUGCUCUGCAGGGACCCGCUCUCGUGAGCUAGUCAGUGCAUCUCUAAGGCAGAAAGAAAACCUGAAAGCACCUUUUGUAAUAUAGAAAAAAAACACAACAACAAAACCCAUGCACACAUGUUUCCAUGACACUGGCUGGAGCGAGACAUUCCCGUCCCCCGGGCACCUCACAGCUCUGGCAUCCAUGGGGGUUCAUCCUCUUGGUCAUUUCUUUCAUCUCCGGUGUUUCCUUUCACCAGGAGUUUACAUAUUCCUCUGAUUUCCGGGGGUACGAUGGGCCUGAGUCGACCCCUCUCAAGGGUAGGGGAGGCUCGGAGGCAAGGGAGUAGUCUAGCUUAGCUGUCCCCCCAUCCCAUAGCCAGGGACACACUCUUCCCAUAUCCCCAUGCACAAUCAGAGGUGGGACAGCCCAUGUCAGGGUCCAGGGUCAGAGACUGGCUUAAGAAUUGCGAGAUUUCAUCAUCAUGUUGGGUCUUGCUCUUUGCCAUCUGGAUGCACUUUGUCGUGCAUCAGCAGAUGCAUGACGAAUAGGUCCAAGGAGGUGAUACUUCCCCUCUAUCGGGCGCUGGUCAGACCGCAGUUGGAGUACCGCGUGCAAUUCUGGGCGCUGCAAUUCAAGAGGGAUGGGGAUAACCUGGAGAGGGUCCAGAGAAGGGCCACUUGUAUGGUUAAGGGCCUGCAGACCAAGCCCUACGAGGAGAGACUAGAGAAACUGGAUCUUUUCAGCCUCCGCAAGAGAAGGUUGAGAGGCGACCUUGUGGCUGCCUAUAAGUUCAUCACAGGGGCACAGAAGGGAAUUGGUGAGUAUUUAUUCACCAAGGCGCCCCCGGGGGUUACAAGAAAUAACGGCCACAAGCUAGCAGAGAGCAGAUUUAGACUGGACAUUAGGAAGAACUUCUUCACAGUUUGAGUGGCCAGGGUCUGGAACGGGCUCCCAAGGGAGGUGGUGCUCUCCCCUACCCUGGGGGUCUUCAAGAGGAGGUUAGAUGAGUAUCUAGCUGGGGUCAUCUAGACCCAGCACUCUUUCCUGCUUAUGCAGGGGGUCGGACUCGAUGGUCUAUUGAGAUCCCUUCCAACCCUAACAUCUAUGAAUCUAUGAAUCUAUGGAUCCUGAGCCCCCCCAUGGGAUGUCACACUUGCCUCAACAUGCACCCACCAAGGCUAAAAUCUCACCUUUUCAUUUUAAAUAGGACCUGGGAUUCUCUAUAUCCCCGAACCUCCUGGAGAGGAGAACCAGCCUGGUGAGGUUCAUGAUUACAAUGGCACCAAUGGGCAAUGCUGGAUACAGCAUUCAGGAGGGCCCCAACCCCCUUCUGGACAUCACAGCGCAGGGCCUGCCCCUGCUGCCAACACCUGGCCCCAAACUGACGCCAGUGGAGUCACACCUGAUUUACAGCAGGGGAGUAAGAUCAGGGCCAAACCCCCCAAAAGAACAAGCUUUGUACAGACUGGGUCUAAACACGGGGGCAGUCAGUUAUCACCCCCCUUCUGGUCUCUAGAUGACCUCUACAUUGCAGUCCAACCCCUGCGUUGAAACCAGUAGAGAUGCCUUCAAACAAUGGUGCAUCCACAGAGGCAAAAAGUGCUGGAGGCCACCACGCUAAGCACAGGAGACUCCCUCCAUUCAUGCACCAGCUCAGUCAGACAUGCACACACUCCAUGAGCAAUGUCAGCCAGAGCCAUUGGACAUGGAAGAAAAACAUGGCUUUGUUUUCAGAUGUUUUUGCCGGCAGUGUUAGGUAGCUGGGUGGGGAAGGGGUGGGAUGAGCCAUCGUGGUGUUGUGAGGACUUUUACUUGUAGAAAGCUCUUCAUUUUUUUUUUUUCAUUUUGUUUUCUCUCUCGAUUUUCUAAUGAUCUGUGUUGAGUUUCCAUGCUGUGGGCUGGACGGGCAGGCAUUUGAAGCAAGGGAUGGCGGGACGCAUGCUUUGGGGGCUUGGAAAGUCCUUGGGAGACUCCUCUUUAUGCAAUGUGCAGUAUUGUUUUCUGCAAGGACAAUGCAACGCGAGUAGCUUUAGUUUAUUUUAAAAAAAUGCAAAAAAAAAAAAAUUGCAGAUAAAAAUGUUUAAAAUGAUUCAAUUUAAAGCAAAAAACAAAAAAAAAGACAAAAAAAAACAAAAAAAAACACCAAAAAAAAAUCACAUGCAACCUAAAAACAAACGCGAGUGAGUCACACGCCUGGCGGGGACGGACUCUGGCAGCGCUGUGGCAGCCCAGGCUGGGAUGUAGCAUUGUUAAAGGAACCCUUGACAACAAUCCAAUCCCUUUAGUGCAAGAGAUACUGACACAGCAACUUGAUUUGUGUUCUUAUCGAGGAAAACAGGGGGUGGAGGUGGGGGGCACUGGAGCUUUCUUGGUGGACAGGGAACGGAAGAUGAGAACGUGCAUCCUACCCAGAUAUCUCUCCCCCAGCACAUCUGAUCUGGCUGUUCUCCUCCAGUCAUACCUGCCUGGAGACCAGCUCCAAACUGCACUUGAAGGCAAAACUCGCAUGAACCCAGCUGGAGUUUGGAGGGCAGGCAGCUCAUACCUCUGAGCCUCGGAGCAAUCUUACCACGUGCAGUAGAGCACGGCCACGGAGGGAGUGGCAAGCCAAGCCAGGGCAGAUAUCUGCUGGGCACGUCUCCACUCAUAGCUGUCAAAUGUGACAGCUCUUGAGCUAACGAGACCUGGCAGGUCAGUGCUACCCAGAUUCCAACCCCAAACCCACAAGCUUCGAGAUAAAGCACUUAAUUUUUGUUUGGUUGUUUCAAAGACAGCAACAAAAAAAUCCCUACAGAGAAAUGCACCUUAAACCAAAUGGUCCUAAACAUCCAGACAGGCGCUAAGAGCAUGUUGGCACUCCAGGAGCACACAGACUGGCUGGUUGCCUGGGUAGUUUCUCAUUGCCCGUUGCCAAGAUGGUGUCCACCAUGAAAGGAAAGCACACACCGCCCCCUCCUCCAUCCCUGGGAAAAUUUGCACUGUUCCACUCAACACAUUUUUUUCCCCGUCUUGUAGCUACGCCCAGCCACAGGGCCCACAAAGGAACACAGCUCACACCGCGCACCGCAGCACUAGGGGGAACCCCAAGCAGGGGAGGCGUGGACCAUGUACAGCCUGGGAGGUCUUUUUGGGCUCCAGUGUCUGGGACUGUACAGAUCAGAGAUCAGGCCUCCCAGGUGCAGACCUGGAUCCAAAUUCAACCAAUGUCCAGGGCUGGACAGGCCCUGGGUUGGGGCUUCAGCCUAUGACUGAGAGAAGAGCCAGGCAGGCAAUUUGCAUCUAGAUCCAGCUUCCUGCAGGUUUGGGGGCUGUUUGGACCCGAGGUCCUGGUCCAGGCCCAUCCUUGCUCAAGACUAACAGGCCAAUUGCACUGUUGCUUGCACUGCCCCUCUGGGGGUAGCUCUGCUGACCCCAAUGGUGUUACACCUGAUGAACACCAGUGUAAGUGAGAGCAGCAGUUGGCCCACUGGCUUCUCCUCCCGAGGGGAUGAGCAGCCAGUGACCUGCUGAGGUCACCCCACUCCCAUCAAGAUGUGCCUCUGAGCUCCGCCUGAAGGGAAUAUGCAAAUUCCAUCCCAAAUCCAUCUCUAGUUUCUUUUGUAUCUUUUUUUUGGGGGGGGGUUCUUUUCCUUUGGGGUUUAUUACUUUUUUUCUCUGUGACUUUUUAACUCAACACAAGGCAGCAGGGAGACCCUGCAGAGCAGACAUCACUGACUGCAGUAGAUCAUCAGCAUGGGAUGUUGGGUUUGGUUGUUUUUUUCCCCUCCGCCGUGUUGAUGCAAUCAAAUAGCUCAGCCAUUCAAAUAGACAAGUAGGUAUGCUCACAAGGAUCUCUGGAAAUAUCUUGGGUGGAUGAGGGUCUUGGCAGGGGAGACGGAGGGAGAGAAGGAAUUGUCCGUUGUUUGUUGGGAAGGGUCGUGCUGCGGGACAUUGGCUGGAGAGGGCAGGGAGGGGUGGUGGUAGAGGAAGACAGGCACGGUGACCACCACCGACAAGCUAAGGGUCGUGUUUCUUGAGACAACCUCCUGGAACUUCUAGCUCUUCCAGAGUCUCUAGACAAUCAGGCUGGGUAGCAGCAUGCGUAGCCUUCACUUGCAUGGGGGCUGGUGGGACGUGAGCAGAGCUUCUCCGUUGGGUUCUGACCAGCCGAAGGCCAGCUUCCCCAAGAGACAAUCCCCGGACACAACAACGGGUGGCAAGGGAGAUGUGGGAAGAGAAACGUCCUUCCCUAAGGCUCCUGGUGCCCACCCUCUCAGCCUCCCUACCCCUGCCAAGCAGGACCCAAGCGACCGCCAAUCAGCAGUAGCUUCCAUGCAAAGCAAGGCUAGGCACGUUGCUUAGUUAUUUCAUGCACUACAGUUUCUCGGGAGGGGUCCUCAUUUGUUGUUGUUGUUGUUGUCGACUUCUUUAAAAAAGAAAAAAACUAAAAAAUGUUCUUGUGAUCUAUAAAUAAAAAAACCUAUGUACAUAUAUAUAUAUAUAUAUAUGGUGCUACAGGGGCUGAAUCUCAGAGCCUGGGGAACCAGGCACCAUGUGAAACGUACCUACAGCUCUCCAGCCUUCUGCCUCCUCUGCGGAGAAGAUGAUGUGGCUGUGUUGUUUUUAUUUGUGCUUGUUUCUUCUUGGGAAGGAGUUGGGCAGGCAGGACUUGUGCAUGCAAAACCGAAGAGUAGACAAUCCUCAAUGUCCCUGUGGCCCUGCAGACAGUCAAGGUACUUUAAAUUGCAAAGGAAGGUAUAUGUAUAUAUAUUCCCUCUCUUCCUCUAUAUAUAUAUAUAUAUAUAUAUACACACAUAGCUAUAUUUUUUUGUAAUAUGAGUUUGAAAUUGCUGCUUUUUGUUUCUUUAACUUGCACAUUCAUCUUGGGGUUGGUCCUUGGGUUUUUUUGGUAUUGUUCGGCGCGAAGAUGCUUAUCCGCCCCUUCCUUUCAAAUUCAGCUUUGUUCCUAGGAGAUGGGGGCAGAUUCUCAGCUGGCAUAAAGGCCCUGAUGCUCCAAAGCACUUCUGCGCAUGCAGGUCCCCAUCCAACCGAAUGCAGCCCGUUACAGCCCAGCCUUGCUAGCGCGGCACGUCUUGUGAGCCUUAAGCACGUGCUUAGGAGAAACAGGCUGCCAAAGAAGGGCCAAGCGCUGCUUCAUGGAGGUCAGUGUCGCCAUCCCCAUGUAUCAAGUGAAGCCUGUGCAUUGCUCUUGCAGGAGCAGGGGCUAAGUCAACAGAGCAAUUUAUCCCAGCAGAGGAUCCACCUCCAUUGUCUUACCUUCCCCUCUUCUCCCCUAGCAGGUGGCUUCAAGGGUAGAAGUAGAACUUUUUUGCAUUAAGGCCCCUUUAUUGGGCAAAUCUGGAUCUUUAUGUAAGUGGAAGCAUUGGAAUGACUACCAAGAACAUCCGUUCCCCGCCAGGCUCCCCCACCCAUUACUCAAGUGCAAGUCCAUGCCCAGCUAUAUCCCCACCGGGGUUGCCUGGGGCUUCCCUGAUUCCGUUUUGGACCUCCCGAGGUUCUGCAUGCUCCAGAGUCCUGUUUGUAUGGAUGCUGAGGAUGAUGAAGGUGAUGGUUUUACACACACACACAAAAAAAAGAAGCGACCAGCAGGAACCUGAAAUACAUCAAUACCAAAAAUUCUGACAAAGUAGUGCCUCUGACUUCCCUGCUGGUCUGACUUGCUUUUUUUUCCUAGGUUCCCCUCCCUGCCCUGGAGUUUUGGGUGGGGACAAGCAGCCAGGGUGGGAUGUUUGCUUGUAUGUUCCACACACUGCACCGCCUCUGUCCGAGAGAAAGCCCUGCUUCCCUUUCAUGCCAUGCUGUCAGGAAGGGGGGAAGGGGCAGGGGUCACCGUUUAGCCACUGCUGCCCAGCAGCUGAGUGGAGUCUCCUUUUCAUGAGACCUGGAGGCUCUCUGUAGCAAGAACCCCCAGCCUCUCCCUUUAUAAAACCUGGGAUUUCACUUGUGGGAAAUGCAGUUUUUGUGAAUGGCGGGACAGAGUAGUUGCAUAAAAUUGGAGCUGACAAUCGGGGACAAAUGAUUUCUCUGUCUCCCCUCUUGAGCCUGACCCGAAGCAGCAGGGGCUGUGGGCAGGUUCUCAGAGCCUGGCUCCUUGGAUAAGGCAGCCCAUUCAAUGGCCUGCCUUGGCGCGUGAGCCUGGUAGCGACUGGCAGUGGGGUUGGUGUAAACUGGACAAUCAGUGCCGCCAUUCUCAAAAUAACAAGGCUUCUGAGCACGCCCCUGCCUGGGGCUGGGGAGCGUGGGCCUGGGGCUCCUGAGAGCAUGGCCGGGCAGGGACACGGGGCUUUCCCCACCUUUCAGCACAUGUCAAUGUUCAGCAGCCGCCGUUCAUCGUGGGGAAUUUUGUGUUUCCAUCCAACGUCCUUUUCCGUUGUGGUUUUUCCAUGAGGAUGAUGACGACGGCAACGAUGCAAGCGCUGGGAAGAAGAUAUUUCUAUGAGAUACGCUGAGACCGAGUGGAAAGUUGUUUCUUUUCUUUUCUUCUUUUUUUUCCAGUGGGGAGGAUAUUUUCUUCCUUCCUUUCAUUUAUAUUUUACAGACAUUACGGUAAUAGUUAUUCUGUUUCUUGCUUCUUGCUUGCUGUACCACAUUACACACAUAAACGCACCAGGGAAAGCAGAGCCCAAGGGCGCGCAACGCAUGGAUGGCUUCUUAGAUGGUGCCUUUGUCGGCAAAGCUCUCCGAUCAAAAUCAACUCCCCCAAUGUUGCAAUCCACCCCUCCCGCCGUCUGCCCCAGGUCUCCACCUGCAUGUACUGCCUCCCUUUCUCCCAGCUCCAGGCCCCCAUGCUUCAAUAGCCCCUUUGCUUGCUUCCCUGGUGCCUCACAAUAUUUGAUUAUAACAUUGUAUGCAGCCAUUACUGAUUAGCAGAUGCUCCUACCUACAUACAAUUUACUGAAAGUGACUAAGGUUUUUUUUCCCCCCUAUGCAAAAAAAAAAAAAAAAAAAAAAAAAAAAAAGUUUAAAAAAAGAAAAAAGAAAAGAAAAAAAUAAGAAAAAAAUGUAUAAAAAUUAAACAAGCUAUGCUUCAACUCUA